UAUUAAACAAAAUCAUUAAGAACUAAAAUUGGUAAUACUGAAAUUGAUUGAUUCUGCAUUUCUGCAGGCAGCAGUAAGCAAUUUUUUACUUUAUUAAUUUUGGUAAAUUAAUUAUUGACAACUAACUGUACCUACUACCAGUUAUUACUUUUAACAAUACGUGCUAACGUAACAACCUCUCAAUUUAAUUUUGUGCGUUUCAAGUUAUUUUAUUUGAUAUUGUAGUGCGUAUAUAUCGAGAAAUGUGUACUUACAUAAAAGGCUUUUGAGGCAAAAAACAAGUGCGCACUUAAGCCCUUCCCAAGUAUAAUGUCUCCGAUUACGGCUUGGGAAAAACUUCAACAGAAUCUACAUGGAGAAGACUUUCAUCAGAUUUAUAACGAUCAUUUUCCAAUUGAAGUGAGACAAUUGUUAUCCCCAUGGUUUGAAACUAAAGCUUGGACUGAAAUCGAUCCGGAUAAUUUAGAACAUGAAGGUUAUAUUAAAGGUUUAUUUGUGUCUUUUGUGGAGGAAUUAGUAUCUAAAGCUAAUUCUAUGGUAACUAAUGAACAGUUCGUUAGUAAACUGAAACUAAUUGAUACAGCAAAAUUAUAUAAAGAGAAGUACUCGCAAAACCCAAAAGAGUUGAUAAGAAUAAUUAAAAAGUGUUUGGAAUCAGAAUCCUUAAUGGCUCAACAAAAUAAUUCUCUAAUGGAAGUCAAUGUAAAAUCUUCUCAAGAAUUAGAAAACAUUGAAAUUACACAACAGAUGGACUUGAUAAGUAACCAUAUUACGCAUACAAAUGAGAUUCGCAUUACAAUCCAAUCAGACAUUGAUUCUUUUAAUAUUUUGUACUCUGAAUGUACUAAAUGUUCUCAACAUCUACAACACAUGAGAAAUCAAAGAAUGAGCAUUCCUCAAGGACCCGAAAUUGAACGUAAAUUAAAACAGGAAAAAGAAUUGUAUGAAGGACAAUUAAAGACUCAAUCAUUAAGUCUUAACAAUGCUCUUUGUGUCUACAUAAACAAACUUAACGAAUCUUUAAAUUUGCUCAGUCCUGUUCAAGCUCAUAUUAUUGAUAAGGCAUUAAUUCAGUGGAAACGUGAACAACAGUUGGCUGGUAACGGAUAUAAAUACAUGAAAGAUAUAGAUGUCAUACAAACUUGGUGUGAGAAAUUGUGUGAUUUAAUAUGGAUAACUCGUUCACAAAUUAAAGAAGCUGAUCGUUUCAGAGUGAAUUUGGGUCGUUAUUUUGAAUUACCUCAGUCGUGUGAAAUAAUUAAUACUCUUCUUGAUAUGACAACUCAAUAUCUUUCAUCGUUAGUGGCAAGUACUUUUGUUAUCAUAACUCAACCACCUCAAGUAUUAAAAACUAAUACUAGAUUUGUAGCUGAAGUUCGUCUAUUAAUUGGAGGAAAACUCAAUAUUCAUAUGACAUCACCUGUGGUUAAAGUAUCUAUAGUCAGUGAAUCUCAAGCGAACCAAAUAAUUGGAAGAAAUAAACCAGAUGGAGAAUCUUGUGGUGAAAUAUUAAACUGCACUGGAAAAAUGGAAUAUCAACCAGUGCAGAGACAUUUAUCAACCAAUUUCCGAAGUAUGCAACUAAAGAAAAUUAAGCGUACUGAAAAAAAAGGCACAGAAUCUGUUAUGGAUGAAAAAUUUUCAAUUUUAUUUUCUUCCAAAUUUUUCAUUGGUAAUGAACUCCAAUUUGAGGUGUGGAAUUUGUCAUUACCUGUGGUAGUUAUUGUGCAUGGGAAUCAAGAUCCUCAUGCUUGGGCUACUGUAACUUGGGAUAAUGCUUUUGCUGAACCUGGCCGUGUUCCAUUUAAUGUUCCCGACAAAGUACCAUGGAGAAACGUGGCAGAAGCUUUAAACAUGAAGUUUUCUGCAGCUACAGGUCGUGGUCUCUCAGAAGAAAGCUUGACAUUUUUGGCAGAAAAAGCUUUUAGAAUGCAAAAUGUGGAUUUUAAUCAUAUGGUUUUGUCAUGGUCACAAUUUUGUAAAGAACCAUUGCCACAAAGAAGUUUCACGUUUUGGGAAUGGUUUUAUGCCGUGAUGAAAAUAACUAGAGAACAUCUAAAAGGUCCUUGGACUGAUGGUGCCAUCAUGGGAUUCAUAAGAAAGUCUGACGCAGAAGAGAUGUUGACAAGAUAUGCUACGGGUACAUUUUUAUUAAGAUUUUCUGAUUCAGAACUAGGUGGGCUAACUGUUGCCUGGGCUGGAUCCAAUGAUUCAGAUGCCUAUAGUUUACAUCCUUUCUCAGCUAAAGAUUUAUCAAUUCGAAACUUGGCUGAUAGACUAUUGGACUUGCCAUAUCUAACAAAGUUAUAUCCAGAUAUUGAUAAAAAUCAAGCAUUCGGAAAAUACUAUACACAACCACCAAAUAUUAGCACACCUGUUACAAGUAAUGGAUAUUUAAAGCCAUUACUAGUUACGCAUGUUCCUGGUUGGGGCGGACCUGGAACCAACGGACAAGGAAUGAAUAGCUAUCCAAACACUCCUCAGAACCACAUGUUUCAUGUAAACAGCCCUGGAAAUUGUAGCAUUAGAGAAACGUCAUCAGUGCACAGCGAACCAGUAAAUAAUACAUCUGAAAAGUACCGUCCAGGGUCGUUUUUUUCAGCCGCCAUCCUAUGACGGGAUUUAGGAAUGCCUGUACUAUGAUCCUGGGAUAAAGUUCCGAGACAAUUUGGAUGUUAAUUUUUUUUUAUUAUUUUAUUACAUCUGUUACCUUUCAUCAAUUCAUCGAUAGAAUAGAAUAUAAAAACCUAAUUCCUUUAGUAUACUCCUGUCUUAUUAGAUUGUAUAGGUUGCAUUUAUGUAUUAAGAACUGUAUUUUAAAACAUAGUACGAUAGAUGAAGUAUGAUUGAUUUUAUUUGAUACAAAAAUUAAUAAAAUUAAUAAGGUUAUGUUUAAAACUUAAUAUUGGCUUUUUUAAAGGUGUGCUUUGAACCAUAAAUGUUAUCAUAGGUAGGCUAACGCUAAUGUGUGCUAAUGUGUUAAUAAUUUUUAAAUUUAUCAAAACUUAGGUUUUAACAAAUAUUUUAAUCCAUAGUUUCAGUAUUGAUCGCUUUUCAAUCUCAAACAUAACUGAAAACAAUUAAUAAAGUUGCAUUAAAUGUAUGCCGCAUGUAUUGAGUACAUUUACUGAUUUUAGUAUUGUUAAUUUAAUGUAUAAUAAUAUAAAUGUUUUAUUUAUUUUAUUGGCUUAAAAAAAAAUAUAUUGUUUUGCUUAUUUAGUAUGAUGGCAUUUGGAAAUGAUUCCUUAGAAAUGGAUUUUUCUUCGAACUUAAAUGACAUAUCGCAUGUGGAUGAAGCAUUUUUUUAAAAGUAAUUUAGAUAUGUUAUCUUAUAGUCUAGAUUAGGUAAACCAUUCAAUGUCAUAAUGAUUAAAGUAUGCAUUAAACUGCUUGUGUUAGUGUGAAACUUUGAUAUAUUUCCUUAAUUUUUUUUUGUUUAUAAUUUUUAGUAUAUAAAUUAUUGACGUACAUAUUUUACUCAAUUGUUAUGAACAAACCUUUUUCAAACCAAUUUUAGUGUAUAGUUUUAUUAUUAUUUUUUAUCAUUGAUUUAUUAUUUCUUUUAUUUGAAAUAUGCAUUUAUUAUUAUUACCUUAGAUUAAUUAUUAUUUGUGUAUAUUAUUAAAAAUAAUUUUUGUGAUCAUCAAGUCCUUAUGGUGCUUAGUUAACAAACUGCUUCGUUUCGCUGUUAUUACUUAUUUUAUUAUUAUUAUUAUUAUUAUUAUUAUUAUUAUUAUUAUUAUUAUAUUUAAAUAUUAUGUCAAAACAUUAUUCCGUCAAUAUUGAUCAGGUAAUUAUUUUGGUUUUAUACUUAAAUAUAUCUUUAGUGUGUAGUUGUAGUUAUUUGUAUGUUGUUAUUUGCAUUGAUGUAUACAUUACUGUUAAAUCACUUAGAAUGUCUGCUUUUUUUAUAUAGCUAAUUUCAUUUUUGAGUAAAAUAAUUAUAGACAUUUGUCACCUUUUGUAUCAACUAUUAUUUCUGAAUUUUAAAUGGUAACUUUUUUUACUUUUUCAUGCAUUUUUUUUUUUUUAACUAAGUGUGUACUACAAUGAUAUUAGUCAAAUUGACAUUCUUGGUGAUUUUUCUUGGAUAGUGUGUUUAUAUAACAAUAAUGUACUUAAAAACCUAUGGUUUCUUAUGUUUGAACAAUUUUAUUAUUGAAAUAUUUUUACAUACACAAUAAUUUAUUAUUAUAUAAGUAUAUUUGACAUUUGUAUUGUUUAUUUAUUAGAUCAUAAAUUGUAAUUUUGUAUUCAAAAUUAUUUCCUUACUAAUUUAAAUAUUAACAUACUCUUACACAUUUAAAUUAAUUUAAUGAUAUAGUAUGCACAAACUUUAUAAAUUAAAUUAAAUUUGAAUAGAUAGCAAAUAGCGAUGUAUAAAAAUAAAUAUUGAAUUACAUCUUUUAUCCUAUAAAUUGUUUCUUCUUGUUUUUUGAAAACUUUUUUUUGUAAAGUUUGUUCUUAAUACUUAACUAGCUUCAUCAAAUUUAAUUAGUUUUAAUAUUUUAAGGGGAUUGAUAGAGUUAUUUACUUGUUAGUUACGCUGAGACAAUUUUGUAUUUAUGCAUUUUGAUUAUGAGAACUAAAUGACUAUUAACGAUUGAGAAUGAAUAGAUAUUUUUGAAACAUGUACACAUAAACAUACGUAACAGUAGUUACUCUUUCAUUCAAUAAAAAUUUGUUAUGUUACUUUUAAGAUUUCAAUUGACUUAAAGGUGCAAUAAAAAUGUAUAAACCAACUUGAAUUUGACCCUUUUAGUGUGGAAGCUUACUGAAGAUUGUUUUUACACAUUUUGUUUUCAAUAAAUAAUAAUAAUAAUACAGACAUUUUAAACUUUUACAGCUGGGUAAAAUUAAAAGUCACUCAUUCAAAUUUGUAUAAACUCAAAAUUUUCUAAGAAUUCUAAAACUAUCUCCUUGGGUUCUCAAAUGGUUACUUAUUGUCUUAUUGGUAAUGAUCAUUAGAAUGAAAAUAUGUAGUACUUAAUGCGUGUAAAAAACUGCAUUCAAUCCCUUUCAUUUAAAUUACAAUAUAUGUUUAAUGAACUCAAAUUGUUGCUUUUCAAAAACGUAUGUUUGUUAUGUUUUAUAAUAAUUAUGGUAUUUAUACUUAAAUAUGGAUGUAUGGUUUAAAUGUGUUUUUUUAACAAUGAGGAAAUACCUAAAAUUGUAUUUUUAAUUAAAUAUUGGUGUUUAUAUUUUAA